UUGGGUUUUAUAGAUUCGUUCUCUCUAUUCUUUGUCCCGAUUUCGAACACUUUUGAUUGUUAUUUUUUAUCUUUAGAUUUUUAUCGAAAAAAUGGCGUUAGUUUCUUUCGUCGGAAGGGUUCUUUUCGCUUCAGUCUUCAUCCUUUCUGCUUGGCAAGAGUUCAAUGAAUUUGGUGUUGAUGGAGGGCCAGCAGCUAAGGCACUCAAGCCAAAAUUUAAUGUUUUCUCAAAGAGUGUGAAAUCUCACACUGGUUUGGAAGUGCCAGGAUUUGAUAUUAAGUAUCUAGUUGCUGCUGGUGUAGCCUUCAAGGGUGUUGGGGGUCUCCUUUUUAUCUUUGGCAGCACUAUGGGAGCUUAUCUUCUGGCUCUGCAACAGGCCAUCGUUACUCCUAUUUUGUAUGACUUCUACAACUACGACACUGAAAAGAAAGAAUUCGGCCUACUAUUUUCAAAGUUCUCACAGAACUUGGCCCUGCUUGGGGCAUUACUCUUCUUCAUUGGCAUGAAGAACACAUUGCCCAGGAGACAACUCAAGAAAAAGGCUCCGAAAACCAAGACAGUUUGAAGGAGGAAUAUCUCGUAAACAAAAGGUGAAUUGCUGGAUCCCGCUGUCUACCUUUUGGUCAAUCCGAUCUAUUUUUGUAUGGUUUGUAGCAGUGCUUUGUUCUUUUGAAUUAGGGAAAGAAAGAGGGCAUAUUACUGUCAACUACAAAG